AUGUCGGGAUUGUACACAGAAACCAGCGAGAAAGAGUUCAAAACUAUCGAGACAAACUACUUUGGACUUCGGACUUAUCAACUUGACAGGAAAAAAAACUUCCUUUGCUUCGAAAAGGAACAGAUCCAAGAAUCGUCAAUGCCUAUUCCAUGCUGGAAGGAAGACUGUCGAUUGUCUCCGGUGACAUGUAAUCGAAACCCGCCUCGUAGUGACUAUCACUCCUCUUAG